UGUGAGGGCUUCGACGCUUUACUUUUCUUCCGGGUUUGGGGCGGCGUUGUUUAUAAACGCGAUUAGUUAGCUUGGAAAAAGACUUAAGUGGUAAUUUUUAGCAUGUCCACUUCUGGCCCUUCCGACGACAAUCUGGUGGCGGGCAGUGGCAAUCGUUGUAAAUAUAGCUUUAGUAACUAUCACAAACGGUACGACGACGACAGCUUUUCGUCAUCAGCAUCGGAACAGGGUUCGAGCAAAUUGGAGGAAAGCAGUGGAUCCAGCGGUGCGCCGGACUCGGCAUCAACACGUCGGUCGGACUUGGAUUGCUAUAAUAGCCGCCGCAAUAAUCGCCGUUCUAGCUCUCAGAAUCACCGGCGUUCGCGUUCCUUUUCUGAAUCUCCCGAACGACGCCAUAUGUCGCGCGAUCAUCAGCGUUCUCGUCAGGCACGAGAACGCCCGCAGGCCAGUCGUUGCAUUGGGGUCUUUGGUCUAAACACUAACACCACUCAGCACAAAGUUCGCGAGUUGUUCAGCAAGUUUGGACCCAUUGAGCGCAUUCAAAUGGUCAUCGAUGCACAUACACAUCGCUCGCGCGGUUUUUGUUUUAUUUAUUUUUUGAACCUGAGUGACGCACGCGCAGCAAAGGACGCCUGUUCUGGUAUGGAUGUGGAUGAUCGCCGCAUACGGGUUGACUAUUCCAUCACUCAUCGUCCCCAUACACCUACACCUGGGGUUUAUAUGGGCCGUCCAUCGCGCUACACAAAUCGUUCCCGUGAUCGUUAUGGAUUCUCUAACUCGGAUUCGUCACGCUCGCGCCGUCGUGGCCGUGAUUCUUCAACCUCACCUUACGACAACUACCGCCGGCAUUGCAAUGGCGAGCGAGAUCAUCGCUAUCGUCAACAUCGCCACAAGAGCAGCAGCCGUAAUCGCUAUGAUCGAAGUCGCAGUCGUAGCGAGGAGUCACGUUCGCGUAGCCGUCGGCGUGAAUCGCGUUAUUAAUAUGUAAAAGAGGCCUGCUGCGAGCCAAAUGCUAACCAAAUGUUCCUUACGCCCAGCAGCAUUGCCUGCGUGCUGUUUCGUGAACAAGACUGAAUGGUAUUUGUUGUUAAUUCGAUCUAGCAUUUGGCAACCCAUAACUACAAAACUUCAUCUGCUGGGUUCGUUUGACCUUAUUUUCAUCAUCACCUAACUAAUCCAUUAAUGUUGCAAAUUGUGGUGCUUUGCUGCGUUCAUUUUGUAAAUGUAGUUUAAUCUGCAGCAACAACACCAACAGCCGCGUAUUUGUCCACUUAAACUACGUGAACGCACAUAGCUUAACACAUUGUGAUAUGUAUUUUAAAGGCAACGUAAACAAAUAUUUAUUCACAGGAAAUGUAAAUUAAAAACUGACACACACUAACCACAAAGAUAUGUAGUUAGAAAUAUUAGUGUUAAUAUAAUAACAUAUUAAGAUCAUGUUCUAACUGUACAAUCUUUGAAUAUUUGUUGUGAUCUCACACAUGUUAG